UGAUUAUCCUAUAAAAAGGCAUUCAUGGAGGGUUAGGUUCAAUAUCGGGUUUUGAGUUAUGAGUUAGGUUUUCAUUUGGAAUAUCAUCUUCUCCCCGAUUCACUUUUCACUCUUGUUUAGGCAUGGCUCCAGGAAGCAGCAGCAGCAGCAGCCCCGCCAACUUCUAUCAAGAAAUGCUCGAGUCUCGUGGUAUAGACCUCGAAAUGUUUGCCCAAUUUGGGCUCAGAACCCCACCUCCUUUAAGAAGAACAGACCCUUCUUCUUCUACUUCUCCUCCCUUAGUUAACCCGAAGCCUUUGCUAGAAUUGAACAAAACUGUAAGUGAUGUAAGCGAGUUACUCGAGUGCCCGGUUUGUGUGAAUGUUUUGUAUCCUCCAAUUUAUCAGUGUCCAAAUGGUCACACAAUUUGUUUGCAAUGCAAAACACUAGUGCGCAACCAAUGCCCGUUUUGCAGAUUCGAGCUAGGAGACAUUAGAUGUGCCGCUUUGGAGAAAUUGGCGGAAAUGCUAGAAUUGCCUUGCAAGAAUCAAUUUAUGGGAUGUGAAGAAGUAUUUUCGUACGAGGAGAGGUUGAAGCACGAAGAGAGUUGCAAGUUCAAGCCUUUUGAUUGUCCUUGCGAUUUUGAUUGCAAUGUCAAAGGCGACGUCAAGUUUCUCAUCACCCAUAUCAAGAACGAUCAUAGGGUUGAAUUCAAAAACAGUCCAAUCAUCAAUCAUCGAUUUGCUAACGCCACUCCACACCAAAUCCAAAACGCCACAUGGAAGUUGACUAUUUUGAGCUGUUUUGGUCAUCAGUUCGUUUUGCAUUUUGAGGCUUUCUACAUAGGAACAGCACCGGUUUACAUGGCAUUUCUGCGUUUUAUGGGGGAAGAAGAAGAUGCUAAAAAGUUCGGCUACACAUUGGAAAUUGGUAUGAGAGGGCGGAGUUUAACAUGGCAAGGAGUGCCGAGAAGCAUUCGCGAGAGCCACUGGAUGGUUCGAGAUAGCCUAGACGGUUUGCUUAUACAUAGAAACAUGGGUACUUUCUUCUCUCUUGGUGAUGGUAGAGAAUUGCAGCUUAUAGUUACUGGCAGGAUAUGGAAGGAAUGAAAUCGAGUUUUAUGUUUUGAAAACCAGUAUCUAUCCAUCUAUCAAUCCCUCUAUCAAUCCCUCUAUCAAUCCAUCUAUGAAUCCAUCUAUCAAUCCAUCUAUCAUGAGAACUGGAAUGUUGCUACUACCUAAUGUUUGUUUCUUCAAUUUGUUAUCAGACUUGUCAAAUUCAGUGUUUCUUCAAUUUGUUAUCAGACUUAUCAAA